CACCCACAUUCUGCAGAGCCCCAUUGCUAUCGGUGGCGAUGAGCGAGGAAAAUGCUCAGGCCCUCACAUCUGCUCCCCCCGUCGAUGAACUUCAAUAUGUGCAAUACGAAAGCUCGAAAGAGGAAUCCUACCUCCCCGCCAUCCGUCUGCUGAUAUCGAAGGAUCUCUCCGAACCCUACAGCAUAUACGUCUAUAGGUAUUUCCUCUAUCAAUGGGGCGACCUUUGCUACAUGGCCCUCUCCCCUUCGCACGACCUCAUCGGCGUCGUGGUCUGCAAACUCGAGCCCCACCGCUCAGGAACGUUCCGGGGCUACAUCGCGAUGCUGGCUGUCCAAGAAUCGCACCGCGGCCGCGGCAUUGCCACCAAGCUCGUCUGCAUGGCUAUUGAGGCCAUGGCCGCGCGCGAGGCCGACGAAAUCGUGCUCGAAACUGAGGUCACCAAUACCGCGAGUUUGAAAUUAUAUGAGAGGUUGGGAUUUUUACGGAGCAAGAGGUUGCACCGGUAUUACUUAAAUGGGAAUACUGCGUUUAGGUUGGUGCUGUAUUUGAAGCAGGGGACGGCUUUGAAGGUGCCGGACCAGGCGGAGGUGAGCAUGGGUAUGGGGCUGGCGCAUGGGCCUUUAGCCCGGGAGGGGAGUGAUGGAGCCGGUGCAUUUUAUGUACCAUGAGGCUUUAUCAUGGUAUUGGUUUCUGGAAACACAAGGCAAGAGGAAGGGUAGCCCGCGAACCAAUUGAGCGGACAUCUACAGCGCCAGGCAAGCUAGGCUACUGGAGCGGCUACCCAAAGCGAAGAGGCAAUAUGCCGAUUAUUAAGAGCAUCUCAGGUCGAAGAAUCGAGGUCGG